AUGUGGCACUGCCCUCAGCUGGAAGGGGACAGACAUGUGCCUCUGUUUCCAGGCUCAGCUGCCAUACGUGGACCAGGAAGCAUAAGAGGCUACGUUGGAGGAUCCUUGACCGUGACCUGUUACUAUGACGCUGGAUAUGAGUCAUACAGGAAGUGGUGGUGUCGCGGAGAGAGGUCCCUGCUAAGUAACAUCCACUUCCUGAUCCAUGUGUUCCUGGAGGUGCCCCUUCUGCUGGGCAUGAUGGGAUUGGUCCUCUGGGUGAGCCGGCCACAGAGGAGCACCAGGAAGUGCCCUGAGAACCAAUAG